AUGGCUCCGACAGGAGUUUACUUAUCAUUCCUCGCAGCGUAUCUCCUUGGAGCACCACUGCUACUUUCACGCCUCUCCGCACAAUCUGCCAUAUCGCCAACAAUCCAAGCCGUGCAGCUUCUCGUCGCAUUCCUCGUAGGCGCGAUCGGCAGCACUUGGGUGUAUCGCGUAUUUCUCAACCCCCUGAAUCGAGUCCCCGGUCCGUACUACACGUACGGCCCUAUCGUGCGCACUGGCGCAAACAGAGUGUCAAUUGUCGAUCCAGACUGGGUGGAGGCAUCGUACGGUCACACCAGCGUGGCGAGGAAAGGUCCAUGGUAUGAUAACAAUUGGCCAAAUCCAGCGCUUCAGCAAGAACGUGAUCGUGGUGCACAUGAUCUACACCGCAAAUCUUGGGCUCCAGCAUUCUCGGACAAAGCUUUACGGCAGUACGAAACUCACAUCACCACGUUCAAUGGCAAGUUCCUGCUGCGCCUGGCUGAACACCAAGGAGGCCGUAUGAACAUCUCGAAGUGCUUCAAUCUCUAUUCCUUCGAUGUCAUGGGCGCACUAGCUUUCGGGAAGAACUAUGGCAUGAUGGACAGCGGCGAGAAACAUGCAGUGCUCAGUAUCAUUUCUACAGGUCUGGACCCUCUCGGUCUCACACUGCCAACAUGGUUCAUGCACCUCCUUCAAAUGGUCCCGGGAGAUCCUGCCGGGAUCACAAAAUUUUUCAAGUUCUGCCAGAAUGAACUCAAAGAGGCCAUAAUCAACAAUUUCUAUGCCAACGUAGAGACCAAAGUCUCGGCAGGCAGUGUAAUCUCAUCAUGGCUCGCCGAGAACUACAAAAAUCUCCCGAAGCCUUGGGAAAGUCGACCCUUUUGCUUAGACACGCAGCUUCUCAUUGUCGCAGGCUCCGAUACGACCGCCUCCGCUCUGACAUCUCUCUUCUACUACCUCGCUCAAAAUCCCAACCAAGUGCAAAAGCUCCGCCACGAGCUUCAGGCUUCUGCAGUCGGCGACUGGUCUGAUAAGGAAAUCAGACAUUGUGACCAUCUCAAUGCAUCAAUCACUGAGGCGCUGCGUCUCUCUCUCCUAGGUCCGACCGGCCUAUACCGCGCCACUCCUCCUGAAGGCAUGCAAGUGGGCGAAGUCUUCUUACCAGGAAAUGUAGAGUACAACAUCUCGCAGUACAUUCUUGCCCGAGACGAGGCUGUCUACACCCAAGCCGAACAAUUCAUCCCAGAGCGGUGGUACAGUAAGCCGGAACUCAUCAAGCAUAAAAAUCCCUUCGCGCCGUUCGCUAUGGGAUCUUUCGGAUGCAUUGGCAAGAAUCUGGCCAUGAUGGAGAUGCGGACGCUCACUGCUAGUAUUUUGUUGAAGUACGAUGUCAGCUUGGCUCCGGGAGAGGAUGGACAUAGGUAUUUGGAGGAGUCGAAGGAGCACUUCACGAUGGAUCUCGCGCCUUUGGAUCUGGUGUUCACUCCUGUUAAAUCUUAA